AUCAUUUCCUUAUGUAUUUAUUACACCAAAAAAUUAUCGUGUCUAUAAUUUUUGUCCGGACAAUCUCUUCGUUGAUCGUCUUCAUCAUUUGCAGCCGAUAAUCUCUCGUUAGCUUGUGAGAAGGUAUGGCAUCGUCUGAUAAUCCGGAGAUAGUGGAAAGGGGUAUCAAGGACAAGGAAGACAAGGAGGAAGAACAGGGUGGGUUCUUGGACAAGGUGAAGGAUUUUAUCCAUGAUGUAGGGGAGAAGAUAGAGGAGACAAUCGGGUUCGGGAAACCAACUGCAGAUGUUUCUGAGAUUCAUAUUCCUCAUAUCAAUCUUGAAAGGGCAGAAAUAGUGGUUGAUGUGCUUGUGACGAACCCAAAUCCUGUUCCAAUCCCUCUCAUUGACAUAAACUACUUAAUUGAGAGUGAUGGGAGGAAGCUGAUCUCGGGGCUGAUCCCUGAUGCCGGAACUAUACAUGCACAUGGUUCAGAAACUGUCAAGAUACCAGUUAACCUGAUUUAUGAUGACAUUAAGAGUACAUAUAAAGAUAUAGAGCCCGGAAGCAUAAUUCCAUAUAGGAUAAAGGUGGAUCUCAUAGUGGAUGUGCCUGUUUUUGGUAGGUUAACCCUGCCUCUGGAGAAAACUGGUGAAAUUCCCAUUCCUUACAAGCCAGAUAUUGAUCUCGAGAAAAUUCAUUUCGAGAGGUUCUCUUUUGAAGAAACUGUUGCUAUUCUUCACUUGAAAUUGGAAAACAUGAAUGACUUUGAUCUGGGGCUCAAUUCACUUGACUAUGAGCUUUGGCUCUCUGAUGUGAGCAUUGGGAGUGCAGAACUUGAGAAGGCAGCCAAAAUUGAGAAAAAAGGAACUAGCUCCAUUGAUCUCCCCGUCACCUUCAGGCCCAAGGACUUUGGCUCUGCUCUAUGGGACAUGAUUAGAGGUAAAGGCACUGGCUAUACAAUGAAAGGACAUAUCAAUGUGGAUACACCGUUUGGAGCAAUGAAGUUACCCAUCAGCAAGGAGGGUGGUACCACCCGUCUUAAGAAGAAUAAGGAAGAUGGGGGAGAUGAUGAUGAGGAGGAUUGAAGCUGUGAAACAAUGAUGAGGGAAAUAAACUGUCAGGGUUAUGAUGGUGAUUAUGAAUCCAUUUUUUAUAUCAGGGAAUUUGAACUGGGUUGUCGAUUUUCAAAGACAAUUGAGUGUGUGUUUUAGAACGAAGACUUGGAAGUAUGUUAUUUGGUUGUGCUUUUGGUGUUUCAGACUUAAAGUGAGGCUGUUGUUUAAACCGUGAGAGUGAUAUGCGGACGUGUUGUUUGUGGUUAUGUUCAAUAGAUAUAUGGUAAUUUAUAUUCGCCUCA